AUUUUAUUUGGGGGGCGAGUGUACUGGGAAUUUGAGAUCCGCGGCACCUCAUCAUAAUCCAGAAACUGUUAUUGGGACAGCCCCGCUUCACCCUGCUGGAGAUAUAUUAUCGAGGAUUUGCCUCAGUUACCAGUGCUCUCUUUCAGUUUCGGGUCGCAGCACAGACAGGAGGAGCGAUAUGGAGGCGGCCGGCGCGGGGAAAGCGGCGGCGCCGGCGGCCGUGUGCGUGACGGGCGCGGGAGGCUUCAUCGCCUCGUGGCUCGUCCGGCGCCUCCUAUCCAGAGGAGACUACGCGGUGCAUGGCACCGUCCGUGAUCCCAGCGACCCCAAGAAUGAUCACCUGAGGGCGCUGGACGGCGCUGGCGAGCGGCUGCGGCUGUUCAAGGCCGACGUGCUGGACUACUCGAGCGUGGCGUCCGCCGUGGCCGGCUGCGUCGGCGUCUUUCACGUCGCCAGCCCCGUGCCCGCCGCCAAAUCCGCGGACCCCGAGGCGGAGCUGCUUGCCCCGGCGGUGGCCGGCACGCUGAACGUGCUCAGGGCCUGCCGCGAGGCCGGCGUCCGCCGCGUCGUUGUGGUAUCGUCGGUCGGCGCGGUCCUCAUCAACCCCAAGCUCCCCGAGGGCCCCGCCCUGGACGAACACUGCUGGUCCGACGAGGAGUACUGCAGAACAACUGAGAACUGGUACUGCCUGUCCAAGACACUAGCCGAGCGCGAGGCACUCUCCUACGCAGAGAAGACCGGGCUAAGCGUGGUGACCGUGUGUCCCUCGCUGGUGUUCGGCCCUCUGCUGCAGCCCACGGUGAACGCCAGCAGCUUGUUCCUCAUCAAGCACUUGAAAUGCGACGACGCGGACGCCAUGGAGGACAAGGUGAGGAACAUGGUGGACGUCAGGGACGUCACCGACGCCCUUGUGCUGGCGUACGAGAGCCCGGAGGCGGCCGGCCGCUACAUCUGCAGCGCACAUGCCAGGAAGGUCUCUGAAACGGUUUCCAUCGUCAGGACCAUGUAUCCGAACCUGAACUACCCAAAGAAGUAAGACGCCACAGUUAAUCCGCUCGCCCUACGCCACGUACGUUCAAGUGGGAGAUCAGAAGGUGUUCAGCUCCGAGAAGCUGCGGAGGCUGGGGUGGAAGUUCAGGACGUUGGAGGAGACGCUCAAGGACAGCGUCGAGUCCUACAUGGCUGCGGGAAUCCUAAACUGAGCUUGGCCAUGGACUGUCAAACAAACUGAAUUUGGCCAUGGUGUAUGUGCAAAAGGAGUGAGUGUGAAGCGUAACCAGAUGUUGCUAGUUUCAAUUCAUGGGCAGCUGGUUAGGGUUAGCUGAUUUGUGCCAUGGUCAAACUGUACCCUGAAAACUGUAGGGUGUUUCUUUUUUUGCGGGAAGACGUUCUUGUAUUACUCAAAAAUUGAGAAUCUUCUAUUAAGAUACUAUAAGCU